UAGGAGCGCCUUACCGCCAUACGGCCCGGAUUUAACUAGGACAUUUCGUGAGAUUGGGCUCGCGAUGCGAAGGCAGAAUGCCACACGUCACCGGAGGUAAGUAAGGGUAAACGCCGUUGGGGGUGGGCCAUAUGAAGAGAUCGCCGGCCGCAUUUUGGAAUGGAAACAGCCUCGAUCUGGAUAAAUCUCUGGCUAUCACGUGCGGCUGUCCAUUCACUCUCAUAUCGACCAUCCUCCCUAAUCCAGGCCUUCUAUCUUUCCAACAACUCGUUCACGUUAUUGCUACUGCUGUUUGUUUGUCGACCAUGGCCUCCCUCACCGGCUUCCUCCGCUCCCAACUCCUCGUCAGACUGCCCCUCCCCACAGCCUCGUACGCCGGCAAAACCGUCAUCGUGACGGGCAGCAACGUCGGCCUGGGCAAGGAAGCAGCGCGCCACUUCGCGGCCCUCGGCGCCUCGACGCUCGUGCUCGCCGUGCGCAGCCUCGCAAAGGGCGAGGCCGCGAAGAAGGACAUCCUCGCCACCACCAAGCGCCCCGCCGACACCAUCCAGGUGUGGCAGCUGGAUAUGGGCAGCUACGCCUCGGUGCAGGCCUUCGCCGCGCGCGCCGCCAAAGAGCUCGAGCGCAUCGACGUGCUCCUCGAGAACGCGGGCAUCGCGACGAACGGCUACGUGCAGGCCGAAGACAACGAGAGCACGAUUACGAUCAACGUGGUGUCGACGUUCCUGCUGGCGCUGCUGAUGCUGCCGAAGCUGCGCGAGAGCGCGCGCAAGUUCGGCACCCGGCCGACGCUGAGCAUCACGGCGUCCGAGGUGCAUCACUGGACGAAGUUCGCGGAGCGCAAGGCGCCCGAGGGCAUGAUCUUCGAGACGCUGAAUGCUAAGGAGACGGCCAACAUGGCGGAGCGGUACAUGACGAGUAAGCUGCUCGAGGUGUUUGCGGUCAGGGAGCUCGCCGAGAAGAGUGAGGGCCCGGUGACGGUUAACUGCUUGAAUCCGGGGCUGUGUCAUUCCGCGUUGACGAGAGAUAAGGGCCCGGCGGCUUGGGUUUUGGCUGUUAUGAAAGCGUUGAUUGCACGGAGUACGGAAGUUGGGAGUCGGACCUUGUUGAACGCGGCGGGCUAUGGGCCUGAGUCGCAUGGAAAGUACAUCAGUGAUUGUAAGAUCGAGGAGCCGAGUGCCUUUGUUCGGAGCGCGGAGGGUAAGAAGACUCAAGCUAGAGUUUGGGACGAGUUGAUGAAGAAGCUGGAGGCCAUCAGCCCGGGUGUGACUAAGAACUUGUAGACAUGUAAUUGGCAGUCAAGUUGUAAAUAUCGUUUUGACCAUCGUCCAAUACCCCGCAGAAGUACCGCAAUGCUACU